AUGAGGAGAGUGCUGCUAUUCCUGUGUGUGUUUUCGGCCCGUUCAAACCUCGCCCUUGGACCGGAUUUCGUCGAAAUAGAACUUCAGUGGCCUACUGACGAAGUGUGCAGAAAGGAUGGAGUACACAGGGCUGUUUGUAAGAAGUUGGCGAAGUAUGUAGGAGAUUCGUUAUCAAGACACUGCAAACUGGGCUCGGAAGAGGUGAGGUUGGUAGCCGUUGGAAACUCAUGUCCUUUGCGUUUUACAACAGGUGGAAGAACGACCCAUUACCUGUGCACCCACGAUCGCGUCGAUCAAAUUAUCAAAAAGGAGGAGGAGGCACAUCGCGAGGCCGGCCCCGACUGCAGCAACCUCCCAGAUAUUAAUGUGGGUGAAUCAAACCAUGAGAGCCAGAGAACUGCUACCGUAUCAGCACCAGCACGAGCAAGUACUGAGAAGGAAUCUAAAGAGAAACCCAAAGAGAAGCCCGCGACCGAAACAUCAGAUAAUGUGACCGAAAAAGUUGGCCAAGAGAAGCCGACCAUUAAGGGACCACAGACUAAAACUGAAAAAGCAGUGGAUAUGAAAUCGACUGAGCCACAGAGUAACCAAAACAAUGGAUCCAUACCGACCAUAUUUGGUGGUCGUUGUUUUUUUAUUCCUUUUUUGUACAGCACGUUACUUUGA